AAACGUGGAACGGUGAGCAGCUACUACCCGUGUACUCACAGCCCACUUGAUCAUCGCCCGUGGCGUAGGCGCGUAGCUAAAGUGACAUUGCGCUCCUCGUCAGCUGCAGCCUGCAGAGCGCAACCGAUCACACGCGAGUCCUGAUCGAUCGAGCUCCAAAGAACCCGGCCGGAUCGUCCCUAGCUAGCUCUGCACUGCACCCCGUCCGAUCCCAGCGGCCAGCCAGCCCGGCCGACCAUGUCGGCCAGCGGCGGCGAGACGACGACGACGACGACACUGCUGGGCUCCGUCGUCGUCGGUGACGCGCAGCAGGCGCCGUUCCCGUGGAAGCUGGUGCUGCUGUGCGCGGCGCUGGCGUGGUGCGCCGUGCGCGCGCUGGAGUGGGCGUGGUGGCGGCCGCGGCGCCUCGCCCGGGUGCUGCGGUCGCAGGGCCUCCGCGGCACGGCGUACCGCUCCCUCGCGGGCGACGCGCCGCUGACGGAGCAGCUCAACAGGGAGGCCACGUCCAGGACCUUGCCGCUGGGAUGCCACGACGUCGCGCCCAGGGCCAUGCCCUUGUUCCAUCAGACCAUGAAGGAGCACGGCAAGACGUCUAUCACCUGGUUCGGGCCGGUGCCACGGGUGACCAUCACCAAGCCUGAGCUGGUGCGAGAGGUCCUGUCCAACAAGUUCGGCCACUACGAGAAGCUCAAGUUCGGUAAGCUCCAGAGGAUGCUGCACAACGGCCUGGGCAGCCACGAGGGCGAGAAAUGGGCCAAGCACCGGAGGAUCAUCAACCAAGCGUUCCAUCUCGAGAAACUCAAGCGGAUGUUACCUGCUUUCGCCGCGUGCUGCACGGAUUUGGUGAGGAGGUGGGAAGGCUUGGUUGCAGAUGGACAGCCGUGCGAGGUGGAUGUGUGGCCUGAGAUGCAGAACCUGACAGGGGAUGUCAUCUCUCGCGCGGCGUUCGGCAGCAGCUACCUCGAAGGCAGGAGGAUCUUCCAGCUUCAGGGCGAGCAGGUUCAGCUCGUCGUUCAGGCCAUGCACAAGCUUCACAUCCCUGGAUACUUGUACCUGCCUACAAAAACCAACCGAAGGAUGAAGCAGAUCGCCUCAGAGAUCGAAGCGCUCCUCAAGGGCAUCAUCGCCAAGAGGGAGAACGCGCUGAGAACCGGCAGCGCGGCAAGCGACGAUCUCCUCGGCCUGCUUCUGGAGUCCAACAUGGAGCACUGCAGGGGUGACGGCAACGGCAAUAACUCCAAGGCCGGCAUCACCACCGACGACGUGAUCGGGGAGUGCAAGCUGUUCUACUUCGCCGGCAUGGAGACCACGUCGGUGCUGCUCACCUGGACCAUGAUCGUGCUCUCCAUGCACCCGGAGUGGCAGGACCGGGCCAGGGAGGAGGUGCUUCACGUCUUCGGUGACAAGACGCCGGACUACGAUGGCCUCAGCCGCCUCAGAAUCGUGACAAUGGUGCUGUACGAGGUACUGCGUCUGUACACGCCGCUGACGUCGGUCCAACGGCAGACGUACAAGCCGAUGGAGCUCGGCGGCGUCAGGUACCCGGCAGGCGUGAUGCUGAUGCUGCCGCUGCUGUGCAUCCACCACGACAAGGACGUGUGGGGCCCCGACGCAAGCGAGUUCAGGCCGCAGAGGUUUGCCGAGGGGAUCUCCAAGGCGUCCAGGGACGCGCCGGCGUUCUUCCCGUUCGGCUGGGGGCCGCGCACCUGCAUCGGCCAGAGCUUCGCGCUGCUUGAGGCCAAGAUGGGGCUCUCCAUGGUCCUGCAGCGCUUCGCGUUCCAGCUCUCGCCGGCCUACACGCACGCGCCGUUUCCCCACGGCAUGCUGCAGCCGGAGCACGGUGCACAGAUCAUGCUCAGGGCGCUCCACUGAGAUGAUGAUGAUGAGCUACCUGCCAAGUGCCAACACUAGCUUGAUGCAUGGGCCGAUGUUAGGUUAAUUGAUGACUUCAUCUGCAUCUGCAUGUACAGCAUAUGUACUACGUAGUAGAUACAAAUCAAGCAAGGAAUUACACUUGCAAGGCGGGCUUGUGAAAAGUUAAUUGCCUUUCUAGUUACUGUUGAGAUGUAUCUCACUUAUUAAUUACUGGUUAAGAGACUGCUGGUCUAAUUGCAGGCAACUACCCA